UAAGUCUUUGAGCCUAACAAACGGCGACGUCUCAGAACUAGUGUCUGAUUUUGAUCACAAUUUGAUUUUGUUAAAUCAGCUGAGGUCAGACAGGAAAGUCACUCGUGGGCACUAAUGGGCUCCUGUGGUGUGAUGUCACUUCCUGCUGGAGCGCUCAGGCCUCAAUCAGAGUGUGUGAUGGAUGGGACGCUCUGCUCGUGGGCACACACUUGUUUGCGUGACUUCUCAUAGUUUUCAUACAAAGCCCCAGACUGAGCUCCGAGCAGCUGAGAUGCGAGUCCUGGUCCUGAUCCUGCUCUCGUCGCUGUGUGCUCCAGACCCUGCGCCGCUGAAAGACGCCACGGUCUAUCUGAAGCCAUACGCUUAUUUACCUUCAUCAAGCAGCGCUGAGCCUCAAGGGAUUCAAGAUGAGCAAAUCAAUAAGGCUCUCAGCUCUGAGAUCUCUGAUGUGUGUAAUGUUUCAGGAUCUUCCAGCGUCAUCAGGACAUCAGAGCUCUGACCGUGAAGAGAGCGGCCCGCUGCGGUCUGAGCGAAUCCUUCAGCCGUAUGCUGACAUACAGAGUCCUCGGUCAGUGGCGUAAGAAGAGACUGACGUACCGCUUCUAUAACCACGCUCCGGCUCUGGGCUGGUCCGGGACACGAGCAGCGGUCCGCACGGCCUUCAGUUACUGGAGCGCGGUCAGUCCGCUUCUCUUCCUGGAGGUCAGCUCAGGUCACGCCGACAUCAACAUCGCCUUCCACCGGAGAGACCAGGGAUGCCCGGUAGCGUUCGACGGACCCGGGCAGGUUCUGGGACACGCCGAGGGCCCGGAGUCUGGCGCGGUUCAUUUUGACGCAGACGAGGUUUGGACAGAGGGGCAGAGUUACGGAGCAAACCUGCGAAUCGUAGCGGCCCAUGAGAUAGGCCACGCCCUGGGACUAGGCCACUCCCAGUUCCCUGGUGCGCUCAUGAGCCCUGUGUUCACCGGAUACCAGCGCGACUUCAGACUGCACCCCGAUGACAUCCGCGGCAUUCAGGCUCUGUACGGUAAGAGCAUGCACUCAUGCUUCUGUCUGACCGUUCAAAGGCCAAAGCUGACCUCAGCUCUUGCAGGAAAACCUGUUGAGAAAGCAUCCGGCGCUCAGAGAAAGCCCAUGCCGGACCCCUGCUCCGCGGGACUGGACGCCCUCAUGCUGGGGCCUCUUCAGAAGACGUUUGCAUUCAGGGGUCAUCACGUGUGGACCGUCUCAGAUUUGGGAGAUAGCGCUCCGAUUUCCAUCAGUACUUUGUGGAAAGAACUGCCCGGGAACAUCAAUGCAGCUGUUCACUCACAAAGAACCAACAAAUCCUACUUUCUGAAAGGAGAUCAAGUCUGGAGAUAUUCGGGCUUUAAACUGGACCACGGCUACCCAAAGCGCCUCGCCAUCCCCUCCCACAUCCAGGCGGCGUUCUUCCUCCGGAGCCGGCGAGCGCUCGUCUUCAUCAAGGGAUCCGAGUACUGGCUCUGGGAUGAACUGGGAUCAGCCAAACCUCUGAAGCUCCGCCCCAGGCUCCUGUCUGAGCUCAGCUCCGGUUUGCCCAGGGAUCCGGACGCUGCCUUCAGCUCGAGCGACGGACGCGUCCAUGUGUUCAGCCGAGAGCGCUUCUGGAGCCUGAGUCCCGCUCUGACGCCGCUCCGAUCCACAGAGACAUGGAUGCGCUGUGACGACUGA